AUGGCAAAAGAUAAACAUCAGAAAUCUUUGGGAUUAGAUAGCAUAGCUGUUGUUAUGAUAAUAGAAGGGCAUAAGCUAUGGAAUUUCGCAGUUGAUAAUGGAAUUAACAUUUUCUGUAACCCUUCUAGAGAUGCUGGGUCAGAACCUGAAGGAUGUCCGGUUAGUUGGUUAAGUCAUGUGGAACUGCAAAAACGCAAUUAUUAUACAAUUAAUAAACAACCAAAAAUUAUCCAUGUCAAUCAUCAUAUAAAACCGGAAGAUAAAUAUUUUCCAAAACCCGUAUCUAUCAAUAAAAUUGACCGAUCGGAUGUUAUACUUAAACCUUUAUCUAGCCCGUUACGUCUAAAAUGA